AUGGGGUCAGAGUCUAGGGGACGCUCAACCGAACAGCGCCGCCAGAAAGCGUGGGUUGGCGCAGACCGUCCGACCCCCGAAGGAGCCUCAACGUCCUCAAGCGGUCUCAGCAAGCUUGAAAUUGUCCAGAAGACGCUGAUGGCUCCUUUUACACACAAGAAGGCAGACUCUACUCGUAUUCUAUCAGACCUCGCCCCCGUGAUAAUGACCCCUCGCAUGAUGAACUCUGCAGCAACUGUGUCGUCCAAACCCCGCGCUUCGGUUGGAGGCUCAUCCAUGUCUAGCGCAAGACUAGACUUUGCCACUCUCGGACGUGCUCCACUACGAUUAGGACUGGGCUCAAAGCGCAUCACAUCGGGUGAUCUCCAAAUAUUCGAGGCAGCUGAAGAACUACUGGAGGCAGAAAUCCCGGAGCCCACCGAAGCUGCGUCAAAUUUUAGUUUGCUACGAGGUUUCAACGCGACUAUUCCGAGCUCCGAGCAGAGCAAGACGAGGAGACGACAAAUGCGGAAUGUUGACACACCGCGCCUUGGCUUAAAGAAGCUCGGUAUGACUGCACGAGGACUACUUGCAGAUGACGAGGAUGAAGGACAGAGUGUGGCCAGUGAAGAUGACGUUGUGGUGGUCCGGAACACGCUGCCCGGACAGAAGAAAAAAGGGAGGGAAAGCCUAAGCGCCGCGAAGACGCUCGGAGUAGAAGAGCUGACGCGACAAACGCAAGAGAUUAUGCGGGACAAGGAAAAUAUCCACGUCAGGAAGAGCUUGGUUAAUAGCGAAGUCGAGGAAAUUACGCAUAAAAUCCAUGCUCUUGACGGGAUCAGAGCAAAACUUGAACAGGAUCUGCUCAAGCUACAGGAGGACGAGCUGGAACUGGAUGACGAACUGGAAGGUGUGAAGGAGAGGAUGAAGUUCGAGCAACUGUCUGGUCGCCCGGCUGAUCCUUCGGUGCAGAAUCUACACCUGCCUCAAAGCUCCCGUCGUCGUAAAGGUCCAGCAUUCCUCCCUUCCGAACACGACGAGCUCCCUCCUGGUGUCGCGUUCAUGACUCUGGAUAGUCAUACCACGCCUAUCAUUGCUCUGGACUUCUCAGAGCCUUAUGGCACUCUUGUCAGUGCCUCCCAAGAAGACGCGCAACCUCGUGUCUGGGACCUCCUUUCUGGUGGGGAAAUUGGCAGACUACGCGGCCAUAUCGGCGCUGUUCACUGCUUGCAAGUCGAGGAUCAUGUGUGUCUGACAGGUGGUGCGGAUGGGAACGUCAGGUUGUGGGAUCUCAGACGUGUUGAUGACGAUGAUGGCUGGGGCGAGGGCAUGGUACAUCUGAGCGAUGUACAGGAGGAAGACGAGGACGGCGAUGAAUCUCAGCCACCCAAUGGCAUCCGGUCAUCGUCGGAACAGGCUCCUGCCGAGAGCGCGUGUGCUAGGCUUCUGGAGGGGCACACGCAGGUUGUGACGGCGCUAUAUUUCGAAGACGAAUGCCUAGUGACUGGCGCGUCAGACAAGACCCUGCGACAGUGGGACCUUACGACAGGGCAAUGCGUCAUGACCAUGGACAUCCUCUGGGCCAUAUCACAUCCGCCAACAGGAAAUCUGUCUGCCUCACUUGCUACUCAGUCUUUCCCUGGCAGCUUUGCUGUUCAAACACCGCCGUAUGCUGAUGGAACGAGAGAGAUCUACGAGGACUUCGUAGGCGGUGUCCAGUUCUGGGGCUAUGGGCUCGUCAGUGGAAGCGGAGAUGGUGCUGUCAGAAUGUGGGACAUGCGGACUGGUCAAGCUCACAGAACGUUAUUGGGUCAUACUGGCCCGGUAACUUGUCUACAGUUUGACGAAAUCCACAUUGCCAGCGGCAGUCUGGACAAGACAUUAAAGGUCUGGGAUCUUCGGACUGGCGGUAUCUUCGAAACCAUUCAAUUUGAGCACGCAGUCACUGGACUGCAAUUCGACACUCGCAAGAUCAUUGCCGCGACUGGUGAGAAUGGCGUUAAGAUCUACAAUCGUACAAGCUCACAAAAGUCCACCCUUCUCACCAAUGGCCAUACAAGACCCGUUGAACGACUCCGGUAUAUGGACCGCUAUCUCGUGACGGGUGGCCGAGAUGCAAAAGUUAAAAUAUGGUCGUUAUAG